GAAACUGAAUUAAAUUUAUUUAUUAUUAAGUGUGCUCUCUGCUUUAAAAGUUAUGGAAAUAUUAAAACGGAUUUUGUUUUUAGCAAUAAUUAUAGAAAUUGCAAAUAGUAUACCGGUGGAUAAAUGGCAGAAAUCGGAAGAUUUGCCCACAUUUUUCAUAAAUACUGAAAAUAAAUAUAACUGGCAUGAAGCUUGGAAUGAGUGCGCCUCCAGAAAUAUGUCAUUAGUGGCAGUCGAUACCAUUGAAAAACACACAGCAUUACAGACUGUACUAAGAAAGAAAUUUGCUAAAGCUCCCAAUUUAUGGUUGGGUGGUCAUGAUUUAGGCGAGAGUGGCAAAUAUAUUUGGUCCUCUACGGGCAAACAAUUCGAUUUUAGCAAUUGGAGUAAUGGAAAUCCCGAUAAUUAUAAGGGCUUGGAGAAUUGUGCUCACAUUUGGGAUCAGACCGAUUUCGAGUGGAAUGAUGGCUCGUGUAAAUCGAAAAUUGGUUAUAUAUGUGAAGAGAAUCGUUUUGUGGUGGCAGCUCGCAGAGAUUUUGCUGUUAAGAAAAAUUUUAUUUAUCAAUUGUUUGAAUUAUAAUGAGAAUAUAUUACGAUUCUGCGGAAAA